CGAUUCGCAGCUGGUGCAUAUUUUCAAGCAGGAACUGGUUGUUCGUAAUUAUCAAACCAGCUGUCAACUCUUACAAUAAAACUUACCGCACUGCGUCUUAUUCUGCCUUUCUGCAAGUCCACUUAGUAUCGCACGCGAAACCUCAUAAUGGACAAGAAUGUGCUCAUCGUCUAUGCCCACCAAAGUCCAGGCUCAUUCAAUGCAGCUGCAAAGAAUGUAGCUGUCAAAGUGCUUCAGGACAAGGGCUACAAGGUGGUGCUCUCUGAUCUCUAUGCCAUGAAUUUCAAAGCCCCUGCCACUGCUGAGGAUAUCGUUGGGGGACCACAAGACUCUGGUAAUUUUCGAUAUGGUCGGGAGACUAUGGUGGCAUUAAAGGAGAAUCGGCUCAGUACUGACAUCAUUGAGGAACACAAGAAGGUGAAGGAAGCCAACCUUAUCAUAUUCCAGUUUCCCAUGUACUGGUUCGGUCUGCCAGCCAUUCUCAAAGGUUGGAUUGAUCGGGUGUUCACACAGGGCUUUGCCUUCACUACUGAGGAAAUGUACAGCAAUGGCUUUUUCAAGGAUAAGAAAGCCAUGCUAUCAUUCACAACAGGCUCCCAUGAGUCAAUGUUCAGGUCCAGUGGAAUCCAUGGAGACAUGAAUGUCACACUUUGGCCUAUCCAGAAUGGCAUCCUGAACUACUGUGGGUUCCAGGUUCUGGCUCCUCAGAUCUUUUGGGCCCCAAAGAAAAGCACUUCUGAGGGCAGAAAUGGCAUGCUGGAAGUAUGGAGGAAGCGCCUCGAUGGACUGCUGGAGGAGAAGCCCCUCACCUUCCCCCUCUCGGAAUGCUUCGAAGGCUUCCAGCUGAAGCAGUCUGAGCAAGACAAGUGGGCAGCACUGCAGUUUGGCCCAACUGUGGGGCACCAUUUGGGGAUGCCCCUACCCCCCAACAACCAGCUCCAGAUCUGAACACACUGCAGAUGGGGGGUGCUGAGAGCUGUACCAAUGCUUGACUGUGGUUCUUUGCACACUGAGUAAAGCUUCUAGAAAAUGAA